UAUCAGUCGACUGAAAAACGGUAUAGCAAAUGUUUUAUUUCAAGAAGGAGUAGGUAUAUGUUGUCACAAUUUCAGAAUCUGAAGUUUUAAUUCUCCUUUUUGAUGCCCAUUUAUUUUGUGGUUGAAAGUUUGACUUGUUUACAGUCAAAUUCAGGCUGAAAUGGUGCUAAUUCCAUCACCAUUACAUGUGGACGGCCAUGGACACAGCUACUUGCCCUUUGAAGUAAACCGAUAUCCUAUCUGCUUUUUCACGUUUCAGUCAAAGAACUGCACAGGGAGUUUCUUCGUGCUGGUUCUGAUGUCAUGCAGACAUUCACAUUUUAUGCCAGUGAUGACAAACUUGGAAACAGGGGAAACAAAGCAGCCGAGAUUGGGGUACAGUUUGUGUACCUGUAUGUAAAACUAGUGAAUUUAGAGGGGGACAAUGAGCGGUGAUUUUGUUACAAAUAGUUAUUGUGAGUCCCAGUUAAGAAAAAAUGUGUCUGAAAUUGAAAAUGGUUCAGUCUUUAUGUAACCAGAUAGUUAACCUGAAGACAUACUCCAAAACUCUGUAUUACAGUAUACUGAAAUUAAAAUGUAGUCCUUCUAUUUUAAAGCGCAACAAAGGCUAAAAGAAAUAUGCAUCCUGAAACAACAGCCAUAAUAACUACCACAGAAAUUACUCAAACAGAAUAUUUUUACAAAUACACAUGUUGAGAUCAAUCGAUCAAUCUUUGCGUCCUAUGGAACACAUGCUAUGAAUUAUUUUGUGUCUUUUGGGGUUUUUAUGCAUCACGGACAUAGGACGCAGAGGUAACAAAAUCACUGCAUUGAGGGGUAUACCCAAUACUGCAACACCGUUAGAAAAAACUGGCAAAUACUGAAAUACUGUGUCAAACAUCAACAAAAUAUCUAUACCACGUAUGAUCGGUCGUGCUUACUUAAAGUUGUAUCCAUCUUGCGUGUUAAAAUUUAUCUCAAGCAUGUAUGCACCAGAAAUCAACCUCAACCAUUGUAAGAAAAUGUGGGAAGACCUCAAAUCUGUUGGUGCAGCUGGUCAUUGGAUGAACUGGCAAUUCCAUUGCAGAUGAAAUAUCAGAAAUUGUGCUAUCAUUUACCAUUAUGUCUAAAGAUUUUAAAAUAUUAACGUAAAUUAACCUGUAUGGCUUACUGUGUUUUGUGUUGCAUACUGUAUUGACUUGUAUUAAGAGUUUAAAGACAGAAGAGCACAAAUGAACAGUUGCUAGCACACCGUGAAGGAUCAUUUUUUCCAGAAUUUUUUCAGCCAAAAGGAUGAAAACUGCAUACCACAGGGCUCGAUGAUACUGCAAUACUGGAAAUUAAAAUAAAAUUAAAGAAAUACUGCUUGAAAAAUGCUUAAUACUGUUAACCCUUAUGUCCCCUUUAAUUUAGAUACAGCAAAUGCAGGUUUGGGAACUUAGUUUUUGGAACACUCUCACCAUAUCUAGUCGAGUGGAAUUCAGAUUGUUUUUUCUCAGUUUUUAAAGUACUGUUUUGAUAAACUUUUCAUUAACCUGCCCAUGCAGAUCCUCAUCCUUUCUACUUCUUGUGACAUCAUCAGUUUUUUAAAAAUUUAAAACGGUCAAGGACGACUUUGUCAUCUUACUUGUGCAAGGUGAAGAGAUCUUUGAAACCAUACCAGAGUGAGCACAAUUAAGUCAAGGAGGCAAAAGAAUAAGGCCAAAAAACCAAAACCAAGUAACAUUGACUCAAAACUUCUUAUGAAUCUUGUUCCACUAUUCUACCUACCUACCUCUCCUUUCAUUUGGUCUUAAGAUCCUAAAAGCUUUCUGAAAAACUUUUCCCACUAACAUGAAGCCCACUAAAUGUCAAUCAAAAGGAAAAAAUGAGGCAAGAAAAGCACAAAAGAAGAGGGGAGGAGCAAAAGCGACGUAAAAGUCAAGACUUUUGUGUCCCUUGUGAAUCCAAAACUUGAUUCCAAAAUUUUGCUUUCUGUGUAUGCUGGAAUUUCAACUGUUGAAAGCUAACAUUUUGAAUCUGGAUGAGAUGGCCGACAUUGAACAGAAUAUGGCUCAACUAACUUCAAAACGCCUUUUUUGAAAAAAUUUCCAGGAGAGACUGAGUUAAUCACUGAACGUGUCGUUCUUACUUGGUGUCGUAAUUAUUUUUCAUUUUCUGAAAAUUUGAUCUUCAGGUUCCAUCAAAGUGAAAAGUAGCGUUAAUGGUUUCUUUAAAAUGCUUUUGCUUCAAGUUUUGAUGUUUUGGUCCAUUCAUAAAAAGGUGUCAUCUUUAUUGUUCAAUUCUUUGAAUUAAUUACAAGGAUGCUUGAUAAGAUGUUAUGAGAUGUUUUUUUUUUUUUUAAUUCAAUUUUUUGUUCUUUUUAGAUGAACUAAUUGAUUCCCCUCUUGGUAGUUCUCAAUAGGCACAAGUACUCCCCUUUCAUCCUUGCUCAGUUGAAUAUUAAGCAAAUUUCCAUUAAAUCUUUUACUUUAUAGAAUUGUUUUAGGUAAACAGUGUACUGUCACUAUAAAGAAUUGGUUCAUGUUCUUAAACUUCAACUUGUUUAAUCAGAACAUAGUGAACUCACAAGCCGCUGUGACAGUAAACUAUGACAAAAGCGAGCCCGAGCGUUCACAUGUAAAUACUAAAAUCUGAUUGGACAAUGCAAUAUCAUCACAGUAAAAAAAAUAUAUUUAUAUAUUGUCACGGUCACAACAACCAUAACUUUUCAAAAAUGUUUGGAAAGCUAAUGUUGAUUCAGUUGAUGGAUUUCUCUGCAAACAGUUAUUUGUAACUUAUUCAGAACUGUCACUAAGAUUUACAGGGUAUAUUCAAAUAGUAUAUGGGGAGUUGAAGAUGCAAGAAAGUUUUUUCCUGUUUUGUUUUUCCUUUCAUCUCCAAUGAAAGUACUUGUAGCUGAGGGUCCUGCUUAUAGUUGCCAGGGGAAACCCCUGACCCUCAAUGACAGCCCUGUUUUUUUUCCCCUGAAAUGAAUUGCCUUUUUUGAAUAAAGAAUGGUGUGAUUAUGCAAAGAGGGAAAGGAAAUUUCAGAACCCUUAAAACCUCUCCCAGGUUACAACAUACCUCUGAACUGCAUUUAUUGAGAUGUUUGGUUUAGGUGUACGGUUUUCAGACUAUCUUAAUAAUGUCUACCUUAUUUUCAUUCUUGUCAACAGUGCAACACCAUUAACCAAGCUGCCUGUGACAUUGCUUUUGAAAUAGCAAAUGAGGGAGAUGCUUUGGUUUGUGGUGGUAUCUCUCAGACGCCAACGUACUUGAGUGGCAAAGGAAAAGAGGCUUGUCAGAAAGAGUUCAAUAAGCAAAUUGAAAUCUUUGUGAAGAAUGAUGUUGAUUUCUUAAUUGCAGAGGUAUGAGGUACUUCUUAGCACAGUGUUAAAAUAAUUAUGUCGUUGAACACCUAGGGGAAUACUCAUCAAAGUUUUUAUACAGGGAGACUCUACCCAGAUGUCCAACCCCUUUCCUUCUUAUACACCAUUUUUGACCAAAGAGGUACUCCUCAUAUACCUACCAUAUAAAAAUGGUACCUUUUUCAAAUACAGGAAAAACCCUGUACUAAGAACCUGGUUUUUAAGAACCUAUUAGGCUCACGAUUAGGCCCCCUCUAUAAAAGAUCCUGUUAAGCCUGAAAUUUGAAACAGGUUCUGGUUUUCUAAAAUCUGCGUAAAAAGUUCUUUACAAUAAGAAUAAGAUAAGUCAACAAUCAGGAUCCCCUUUGGAGACAAAAGCUGCCUUAUCACUUCAUCUGCAAUGUAAUCGUAUGCAAAUUUGAUAUAAGGAAUAAGCUGAAAACCACUAAAUGCUCUUAGUUGUAAUAAAUUUUUUCGUUGGAAAAUAACCACCUAUGAAAACCUAAACAGCCUAAAUUUGUGUCAAGUACCAUUUAUGUAAGAACCUGUUUAGGCUAACUUAAGAAAAUGUAGGUGGUCAUGGGUUUUUAAGUUUACUGUCAGUAUCUAUUUAAAACCUCUUCUUCCCUUUCUGAACCUCUGCAAUGAAGGAAGAGAGAGUAAGGUGUCUGUUUGAUAUUUUUGGUAAAAGGCCCUUUUAAAUGCUCAGUUGAAAGAUUCAUCUACCCUUCAUAUACUCAAACUCACAGAAUGCCUACCCUUGUACAACCUGAAGCCUGAAAAAUGCCCCCCAAAGGGUUGAACUUUUACUGUCACCUUUCAUAUUAAUAGCAACCUUUUCUGCCGUUAACCAGAACCUCUACACAACAGCACUGACCACCGUAAUGUAUGUGUGCCAUGGGCAGCCAGUUGCCACGGAAACCUCAGUAACCAAAAUAGCUAAAUUUGUAAGCAAAAAUAAUGUUGUACACCUAAUGUACUCACCAGGGCAGAGUUGUUCAAAGCUGGGUUAAGAUAACACAGGGUUAGUGCGACAUUUAAGUUCAGAUAUGAAAGCUUAAAAACAACAGGGAAAAUUAUCCAAGAAAAUGCUUUUGAACGCAAAAAAAGAAACCCGGGUUAAAUUUAACCCUGGGUUAAGUGCUAAUUGGCCUUCGAACAACUGGGCCCAGAUGUUUGUUGCUUUUAAUUCGGAAAAUGUUUUUGUCCUAAACAGAGGUGAGUUCUGGUGUGUCAUUUAAAACCUUUUGAUAGUGUUCUAUUAUUGUUUCAAAAAUACUUAUAAAGGGAGUUAUUGAAGUAUUGUUAUAUUCUUAGUACUUUGAGCAUGUAGAAGAAGCUGAAUGGGCAGUGGAAUCAUGCAAAGCCACAGGCAAACCUACUGCUGUUUCACUAUGCAUUGGACCUGAAGGGGAUUUGCAUGGUAUUCCUACGGGAGAAUGUGGAGUGCGCUUGGCCCGUGCAGGUAUGUAAUUAAGUGAAAGCAGGAAUGCCCUACUUCUGUUGUGAACAGAUCAGAGUCACCAGUUAGUGUUGAGUGAUUAGUUAAUGCUUGCUUAGGUUAACUUGGAUGUAACAAAUGAUCAUGGCUUUCAAUUUAUUGUCUUGUAUUACUUAUUCAGAAAUUAUGUCUUUCUUCCCAACUCACUCAACUCCCUGGAGUAGCCUGAGUUCUUCUCUCGUACUGGCUAUCACCAAGGAGUAUUGACAUUGAAACUAACUCAAUUGAUAACACUGAUUCAGAUACUGUAGCCAAGGUCCAGCUCAUUAUGUCCCUCUGAUCAACCAAAUCACAUUUGCUUCUUUUUUUAGGCGCGGAUAUCGUUGGAAUUAAUUGUCACUUUGGUCCUGAUCAGUGUAUUGAAGCGUGUCGUUUAAUGAAGGAGGCCCUUGAUGCAGCUGGGAUUAAAAAGCAUUUGAUAGUCCAACCUCUUGGGUAUUUAACUCCUGAUGCUGGCAAGCAGGGAUUCAUUGAUCUGCCAGAGUUUCCUUUUGGUUAGUUUUGACUGUAGUUUGCUUUGAAAAUCAAUGGCAAAGUGUAGUGCACCCCCACAAGCAACUACCCUUGCUGUCCAAUAAUAGGUUUUCUGCUUGAAAUAAAUAUUACAGGAGCAAUGUUAAUUCUGCCUCUAACAACAUUUUUUAUAAGAAGCAACAAUAUUGCAGUCUGAUACCAAAUCAUAUGAUUCCUGUUAAAGGAAAUGAGUGGUGUGUAGAGUUUGAGGCUAUCUUAUAUACCUGGGCAUAGCUCUCAUUCUCUUACAGUUAUUUCACUGGACUCUCUUUAACCUGGAACUGUUUAUCGCCAAAACAUUUGCGAUUUAAAACACUUUUGAACCAAAAAUUCUGCUGUUUAUGUUCUUUUUUGUGCUUUUUUGAUCCAUUUUGGUCCUUAGCUCUUUUGCCGUAGACCACAACUAACAGGGCCUUGCUCCCGUACCCCACUGGGGACUCAGUGGCCGCCAGACCCCUCACCUAUUGGAAGGCCUCCAGUCCCCAGUGCAAUCUACUUCUUCUCUUAUUCUCUAGUAACUUGGAAGUCUUAAUUUUUACAACCCUGCAAGGGAACCAAAAAUCAGUUUGAGAUUUUGAUAUUUCCAAAUUAUCACUGUGUAUUUAGCUUCCCAUGGAGAAGUUUGUAGGAUUUCAUCACAAAUGUCUUUAUGGGAGGCUAGGCUAUGUUGCAACAUACCAAUAUUCAUAGAUGUAGAUGUCUUGAAAAGUUGGUACACUGAGAAUGUUAACCCCCUUUCUAGCCCUAGAGCCUCGUGUAAUGACAAGAUGGGAUGCUCACAAGUUUGCUCGUGAUGCAUAUAAUGCUGGAAUUCGGUACAUUGGUGGCUGUUGUGGAAUUGAACCGUACCAUAUAAGAGCUGUUGCAGAGGAGGUAACUAUAAUUUCUUUGCUGUUAAAGGCUUAAGUAUUCUCAGAAUUAAAUACAUGUAUGUUGCUCAUGGCUGUGUGGGUAGUUCAUAACAAUUUGCCAAGGAUCAAAAUUAAUAUUUUCUUGUUUUGUCCUGGACAGAUUGAGAUUAAGCUAUUUUAGGUGUUUCUUGAAAAAAUAGUUAUUGUCACACUAAAAACAAACAUAAGUUACAUCUCCACCAAGAGAUUGCCUGUAGGCUAGUGCUGCAAUGGACUAGUGGUGGGAGGGGGUAUCUUUGCAUUUGUGCUGGUGUGAAGGGUUCAUGGCUUUCAAGGACAUGCAGUCUUGUCUGGGGUAAGAAAAAAACUUAAAAGCUUUUAAAAAAAGAGGAACUUAAAAAAGCACCUGUGGGCUUUGAGAAUUUUGAUGGCUAAUAACCAAAUCUUAAAACCCAUACCGUAAAAACUCGUGUAUAAGCCGCACUCGUGUAUAAGCCGCACCCCCAACUUUCAAGCAUGAUUUUGAAAAAAAAAAACCAAAAAUGCGCUUUUGUAAAAAAGGUGAUCGUUUGUUCGCGCAUCAAAAUGUUCACAAAUAAACUUGAGGAAAUUUAAUGUUGUGUAUUUGCAGUGACAUUUUAAAUAAGUUAAUCAACUCUGAAAAUACCUUUUAAAAGGUUCUCUUUAAUCAAUUUCCCCAUUUCCUGCGAAAGACAACAGUUCUCUUCAUUGCUAAAGCCCACAGUUGAAAUGAAAAUGGAACGAUGGAACGAAAAUAAAGUGCUGGAGAAUGCUACAAAACGAUUGCUUAGUAACCACGCGUUUAUUUGACGAGGGAAGUUCGGGAAACGUUCGCUUUCGCAUCAGCUGUGCGUGGAUAUCAUGUUUAUAAAGACGUAUGGAAACCAUCGAUCGGGGAAAAGCUUGUUGCUAAACGAGAGUUUAACAACCCAAUGGACAAACACGCCGUGAAAGGAGCAAUGGUCUCGUGUAUAAGCCGCACCCGCGAUUUUUGACUCAAAAUUUCAGCAAAAAGGUGCGGCUUAUACACGAGUUUUUACGGUAAUUUAUUUUAUUUGCACAAAACCAGUCCCCUCCUCUCCUUGCAUGGGCUUAAAGGGCAAUAUUCCCUCUAUUACAUUUUCUGGUGGAGAUACAUCAAUGAUUGAUAUAAUCUUGUAAAAUUUUAAGCAAAAUUGAUUGAUAUUUUUCCUUUUUAUGUUAAUGUCAGUUAGCCAAAGAAAGAGGAAAGCUGCCACUGUCUAGUAGCAAACAUGGCCAGUGGGGAGAAGGACUCCGAUUACACACUAAACCAUGGGUUCGUGCCAGGUGAGAAAAUAGAAAUUUUCAAAGCUAUCAGUACAGUCAAACCGCCAUGUACAACUGCCUUCCAUAAGCAACUGUCGAUUCAAAACACCAAAAUUUUCUCAGUCAAAGCCUUACAGUUGGAACCUCUAGUAAACAACCACCUCUUGUAAGCGACCGCAACCACUUUUUGGGCCUGAUGGUUAAUGAUAUUCCAUUGUUUUUAACCUCUUGUAAGCGACCACUUGACGUAUUCUCUGAUCUCCAUUUUCACUGUGUACACUGUGUUACUUAGAAAUAUAGAGUCCUUAAGUGUGAUGUCAUAAAAAUAUUAAAUUUGUGAAACUAUGGGAUUUUUUGGGGUAUUAUGAAAGAACAACAUCCAAACGGCCUACUUGCCAAACAUUAGCAUUUUAGGGCAGAUUGUCUUUGAGAUGUUAGCCUAGUUAUGCUCUGAUGACUCCAUACAAAUCUUUCUAAAUUUGACUCAGUUCUUGACAUUAGGAACCAAGUCAAAUUUAGAGGGAUUUGUACUAGUAUCUCCAAAAUAAUUUACCCCACAAAGGUACCUUUUGGCAAGUAGGCCUUCCAGAUGCUGUUCUUUCAAAAUAUCCCAACAAACCCCAUAAUUUCACAAAUCUAAUUCUUAUGACAUAAUCACUUUAAAACUCUAUAUACAAAGACCUUUAGUGAGAACAUAGAACUGCACAUAUCCUAACUUGGACAUUGCAUGCAAUAAAUAUUAUCUUGCAUAAAGUAGAUGUGCCUGGACCUCUUCUCGGAAGAGCCCCCUGUGGUUUGAUUCUUGUAAUGAACACCUCUCGUAAGCGAACACUCAGUCUUUGCAUUUUGGGUGGUUGCUUGCGCAGCAGGGCUAAAGUGCAGGUCACAGGUAAGGACAGGUCACACACAAAAGCAAUAGGACACUGGACAAAACUGUUCUUGAUUGACAUUUUAUUAUACAAAAAUAAAACAAGCCAAGGAACCUCAAUUUUUUCUGUUCUGAACUUUACCAAAUUCCACCCUUGAGAAAAUAUAUUCAUGUUGAUCAUGCAAGGAGAACUUGCGUUACAGCAUAACCAAAGUUGGUAACGAAAUCACAAAGGUAUGCAAAAUCAUGUGAUUUGUAAAAAAAAAAAAAAAAGAAUCUCAAAACAAAGGGUUAUUGCAUUAAGAAUAUCGUGACGUGUUUGUGGAUGUUUUGAAAAGUUGACGGGAAAAACUUAGACAGUGUAAGACUUAUUUGACCACUGAAAUAUGGCAACUUUCUUCAGACUUUCCUUGUCUUAAACUCUUCUUGCCACUCGAGGUGUCUUCCAUCUCUUUUGAAGGUGGUGGCCUGUUGCUCGGGCUUCAUACCAGUCACAAAAUGCUGCUUUGUUAAAGCGUAGUCGGCCAAGAACUUCAAACACUGCUAUUUGGGCUUCUCGAAUAGUUGCUGGACCAUUAUUUCUCGGCUCUUCUCCCAAGAGCCUGCCAUUUUCUCACAUUCUGUUGCACAACAGCUUGAAAUAACUGUUGGAUUUGCCUCAUGGCCCUUAGGUGGUAGCAUUCGGCCAUCUCAACUUGAAUCUUUGACUCUGUAAACUGCUGAUGUAUCAAAGGAUUACAGUGAUGUAUGUCAAUGACUCAAUUGAAGAAAUUGGACAAUAACUAAUCUGAAAACGGCCUUUGCUAGGUAACCAAAACUUGUCAAACAAAUGUAACUACAGAUUACUCGUUAGCAUAUGAACAGUCCUUAUGUAAUGUUUAGGAACAGAAACUACAUUUUUCGGCAUAUGUCCUGUAACCUGUAGCCUGUCCAGUGAUCUGCACUUUAGCCCCGCCAUCGCUUACGGGAGGUUUGACUGUAUUCAGACUUAAAAAUGUUAAGUAGAAGAUACGUGCUGAAUUUUACCAUUUGCUAUAUUUAGUAUAUGCCAAAAAGAACUUCGCAUAGUUUUCUAGAUGGGAGCAGGGAAGUCACCCAAAUAGUAAUCAAGCAGGAAUGUUAUUAUUUUUGUUUUUUUGUUUUCAUGAUUUCAAAAUAAAAAGGUUAGAUAGCUUGACAGGAAAUCAUUGAUAUACUUACAGGGCUCGUAGAGGGUAUUGGGAGAAUCUCAAGCCAUCAAGUGGUAGGCCAAAAUGUGCUAGUUUGUCCACACCAGACAACUGGGGAGUCACUGCUGGUGACAAAGACCUGUGUCAACACAAAGAAAGUACUACUCAGGAAGAGAUGGAUGCUGUCAUCAGCCAAGCCAAACAAAGGGCAGAAGUUGUAAAUGGUAGUCAUUGACAAGAGGUUAUUAUGGCACGUACGUGGACUUCUGAAGCACAAAAAAUAAGAUUAUAUAUACAUACCUUUAGGUAGAAAAAUCCCUGUAAUAACCCAGACUACUUUUCAAGUUAAGCCUUUUAAGGUUCGUUUCAUAUCUGGUAUUAGAAUGUAGGCAAUUACAAAGUGAAGAACAGAAACUUUCUUUUUUGCAACCAUCUCUCAUAACAAUGACCACCCCGUCCAAAUCACCAAAAUUUUCCCACCAGCCAAAAUACAUACUACAGUUGAAAACUCUUGUGAACAACCACCUCUCAUUAGCAACAAAGACAACUUUGGGUUUCCUCUUUUCACAAUUUUCUAAUAGACCCUUCCAUGUGAUAAAAGCAAGCAAAGACAUUGCUCCACAAAGCAGCAAAAUUUUACAGACAUUUGUAUGGUGGGGUCCCCACCACACAAAUGUCUGUAAAAUUUGAUGACUUUGCAGAGCAAGUUAGUUUUUAACAAGUCACAUUUAAACUUGUCAUC